CUUUUCAGCACUGACGCAAUCUACAGAGAAACCGGAAGUGUCACCGAACUUGUUUGCGUUGUUUUUGUUUUCGAUUUGUUUCUCAAAACGCCGGGAUGUGGAAGACCGCUUUUUUGGCGGCCCUGUUCGCCGUUGGGUUUAGUUUUAUGACGGGGGGUUUGAUGGACAUUGACAGCAAUGACGCCGGUGUCCUGGACGCCCUGAAUUACGCCGUUCAGGCGCACAACAGACGGUCCAACGACAUGUACGUCCGCCAAGUGGCGGAGGUUGUCAGGGCUCAGGCGCAGGUGGUUGAAGGUGUCAAAUACAUCAUCACAGUGAAAAUGGCCAGAACCUCAUGCAGAAAGGGAAACGACAAUGAAGUGUGCAGUGUUCACACAGACCCACAACUGGCUCAGAAUUACGAGUGCACCUUUACUGUGUGGAGUCGUCCGUGGCUCAAUGACACAAGAGUGAUGAAGGAGAAUUGUGUGUGAAUGAACAGCUCAGGAAUUCUUCUGGAUCAACAUUGUUUGCUCUGAUUGUUGUUUAUGCAAACUUUCUCUAAAUUAAUCAAAAACUAUUAACAUCCACAUAUACAUAUUUUUAUGGGACUUAAUCUUUUUCUUACUCUAGUAAACUUGUAUAGUAUUUGCUCAAACUUGUUGGUCAGGGAUUUAAUUUGAGUUUUGAGCAUGCUGCUAACUUUUCAUCUGUUAAAACUUCAGCAGAGUGAUCAUUAAAGCUGCCUUUUGUGUUUUCUGAAA